AUGCGGAGCCACAAAGCCAAGAGAUUCAGAGCGGGAUAUUUCCCCAUGGAACGGACUCCCGACGUCAGUUUGCCUAACUGCUUUGCUCUUCUCCGUUUUGAUUUCCCUGUCCCCGACGAAGCCUAUCCGAACCGUCCUACAACCGCAUCCCUUUCGCUGAUAUCCAACUUCGCUACCACAGCAUCCCAACACCAGAAAAGAGACACCAUGGCUGCAAUCGACGCCGUCCACCGAUCCAGCAAGCCGCUGCCGUCGCCGCGUUCCACCAUGCGCAACAUGGCGCCCACACCCAAGACUCGUCGAGCCCCGGUGAAUGUCGACGAGUCUGACGACGAAGAUGUCGCCCCCCACUCCGAGAUCGACGAAGCCGAACCCGUGGAAGCCUUCACCCUCGUCCCGCACGUCGCCGAGCAGACGCUCCAUGCCGUGCACAGCGCCAUCUUUGGCCAGCCCUGGGCGGACCUCGAGUUCGUCGUCAGCGCCGGCGGAAACAAGGAGGAGGUGAUCUACGCCAACUCCAGGAUCCUCAAGAAGGCGUGCCCUGCGCUGUACCUUCAGGUCAGCACCACGGGCCGCUGCGAGCUCGACACGAUGGAGCGCGAGCAGAUCAUCGCUGCUGCCGUCAACGCCGCUGCUACCAAGAAGGCGAGUGCUGCGGGCAAGGGUGCUGCUGCGGUUCGUCCUCAAGCUGCGCAGCGAAAGUCGACGGACGGCCUUGGGCUGGUAAACUAUGCUCAGCGUAAUUCGCGCACGGGUGCUAAGCACAACCAAACCCACGAAGACGAAGACGAUGACGACGAGGAAGAGCUCGAUGAGCGUCACCGCCACUUCGACGAUGAAGAAGAGUACUCAGACUCGCUCGUCGAGCAGCCUCGGGUGUCGCUUCACGACGACCAGGAUGACGAGCAUUUCGACGCGGACGACGUCGAAGAGGUAUCGCCGCUCGGCUCCAAGAGCAAGGUCGCUGGUGUUUCUGCCGCCGUCAACUCUAUCCCGGCUCCACCCACGUUUUCGCGCUCGUCGUCGCGCUUCUCCAAGCUGAUGAAAGGGUUCAUGAACAAGGACAAGCCCUCUCCCUCGGCCGAGGUCGAGACUGCGCUGCCCUUCAGCUCGAUCGGCAACGCUUCCGGUACCGACUACCGCAACAACGAUGCCAGUGUUGGUGCUCGCAGCCGGGUUCGACGCUACAGCGCUGCGAACGACCUCGUCACCAGCUCGAACGCACGAGGCCCCGAAGCUGCUAGGGUUCAAGUCACCGGAUGCUCGGCUGCUACGCUUCAAGCUCUCAUCUUCUACCUGUACACCGGCCACGCCACGUUUGCUUCCCGCCUCCCCGCCACCCCCGCUCGUCGUCAGCGUCGUGGCUCUGCUUCGUCGAUCGACUCUGACCGCGCCGAAUCCAUUGCGCGCAGCGACGGAUCGGACGACGAGGAGCAACCCUUCGAUAUCCCCACUCCUCGCACCAACAAAACCUCGAGCUUCCCACCCGUCUUCUCCGCCACCGCCGCCUACUGCGUCGGCCGCCAACUCGGACUGCGCGACCUCACCACCAAGGCGUUCGACCACAUCUGCCUGGAGCUCUCGCCCAAGACGGUGCUCGCCGAUCUGCUGAGCCCCUUCGUCGACCGAUUCGACGAGGUGCAAAGGGCCCACCUCGACUACAUUGCCGAGAACUGGGACCGCGUCAAACGCAGACCCGACUUUGAGCUCACCGUCGGAAGGCUCGUCAUGGGUGAAUACAGGGAGUCGAGGAAGGCGCUGCUCAGGCUGUUUGCCAAGCUCUCGGUGGCAUAA